GAUUGACUGAUCCAGCACCGGGUGGACAUAAUGAUGAUGAUAAUAAUCGUUCGUGAUUCUUGCUAGGUAAAUGAAUGAAUGAAUGAAUUCUUCGGACGAGAAAAAAGUGGCGACAGCGAUGCUUAGUACGUCGGACUUUACUUCUCCUUAGUAAGUGCUACAGAUCAACAAACUGGAGAAAAACAAGAAGAAAACGAGGAACUAAGGGAUAUUCUUAUUCAAAUUAUACUUGAGAAGCUUCUCUAUGGAGCAGGUAGCUCAACAGACAGACCUUAUCUUCACAGAACAAUCUCAAUUUUUACGAGCACCACAAUGGCUGGUGGCUUGUAGUUGUACUAACAAACUAAUACAAUAAAUACUAGUCUUACCUUAGAAGUCAGUUUUUGCUUUUAGUCCGAAAGCGUAGUAGUUUCAAUUGUCGUUAUUUGAAGAGUAGUCUACAAUAGGGAAGAUCUACAUCCACUUAUCAACUGUCAAUCUGUCAGAGUUGCACUCUUGACGGAAACAAAAAAUAUGAUAAUAAUCUUCAGCAUCAACACACAUGAUACUAAGUAGUUUCUACAUCGGAUCGUUUUUUGAUUUUACGGAAUUCCCUAUCGUAAAAAAAGCAAAACUUGUAGAACUACUAAAAGUGUUUGUGAUGUUGUAACACGUGUAUCAUAUGAUAUUUGAUGGAUGUAUGUGCACGCAGUUCGUGGAUAAUUGCAUCAGAGACUGAGGACGCGCGACCAUUUUGAUAUGCGCCGCUGCCAUGUGACGUGUGAACUAAAUUAUAAUUGUGGCGUUAUAUUCUCUCGUAACUCGUAUAAAUAAUCACUGUUGAAGAAUAAAGAAAGAGGACGAAAAACAAGAAGCACCAUCAUGCUGAAUACGAUGGCUAAGGAUUUGAAAAAGUAGUCCUCGUCUAGCUGGUCUUAAGCCUUUCUUUGUAUAUAUAUUCAUAUUCUAGUUGUAAAUCUUCAACCAUCUAGGAGUAAGCAGUUGCUAGUUUUUGCGUGUCUUUACAAAUAUUUUCCUGUCGUUCUACUACUUCCGAGCAAAACUUCUCACGAUUGCUUUUUAGUCCUCCCAAAAGCAGGGAAGUAGAUAGAGCACCCUCUUGAUUGAAAAUCGAUUGACCGAAUAGGUACUACUAGAUGAACAGGAACGCGGAUGAAUAUUGAAGCUACCACAUUAAGUCUGAGAGUUUGCGUGGCAGAAUGUAGAAGAAAGAGCUUGAUAGUAUUCCGCGAUCGGCAGUUGUUGUUCCUAAGAAAACUGCUUUUGACUCUAGUAGAACUUUAGUGAAGUAGCAGGAAGGAUUCUCGACCGAGAAAGAGAUCCUUGAACUUAGAGCUUAGAAAUUCUACGUACUAAGAUGCAUUCUCAAGGUUCUUGUCAUAGGCGCAUUAGUGCUAAGAAGCUAGCUAGGUGGAUCCGUAGUCUUCUGAAAGAGGAAUGAAUGAAAGCAAGGAGCAAAUCCCUCCCCCUUUGCAACCAAGCGUUUCUUUCCCCACUCCCCUUCGUCGUAACUUACCCCCAGAAUGGGUAGAUUAUAAGUCCUUGCUGUCUUUCUGUCAGAAAUAUGCUCUCUCUUCGCCUUAUUUCGUUUACCAGUCUCAACUACUAAUAAUUUCUGUGGUUUAUUAUUAUCCCCUCUUCGACCGAAGGAGGAAACUACAGCAACGGAGAGUAGUGUAGCAACGGAAGAGUCAAGAAGGACAAAUCCGCCGAGUGGGAAGAAUCAGAAGUGCAACGCGGCAGAAUCAACCUCAUGUUCUACCGGGGCCUACAUACACAUGAGUGCGACUCAAGACAACAUUCUCAGUGUUCAGCCGGAUACAACCACAAAGCAGCACAAAGACUUCGCCACGCUUCCAUAUCAGGAUAUCAAAUCAACAAGCGAAAAAUACAAGAACAUUCGACAAAAAGCUGCUGUGGUGCAAGUUGCACUAAGAGAUAAAAUUGCUGAAGGAGGUCCACCCCCAGCGCGUAGUGCCACUGCCAACCUGUACAUCACUGGAGAACAUGGGCAAUGGCUUGCUGAACAAGGCUUGCCUCCAGGCAAUGAAGCGACGGCCUAUCACGCAGAUCCCGAUAGAUUUGAACGAGCAGCGAAGGAACACAGGGAGCAAAGGGACAUGGCCACCAAUAACCACGGCGGUCCAGAUGACCCGCUCAAAAAAGCACCUUCAGCAGGGGACUCAAACACCAAAGGAGCAGCUAAGCUCGUGCAGAGUAAAGCCAAAGGUCAAACCUCUGGCCCACCUCAGAUAAAAAUGACGAAGCACAAGGACGGCACCCAGAGUCACGAAGACUUACCAGGCCAGCAGCGAGGAACCAACCUGAAGGGUCCACCACAGAAACAAAAAGGGAACAUAGAUCGCUCGCACCUGUCGGAAGCAACACGUAACGGAAUGAAAGGAAGCAAUCAAGUUCAGAUGCAGCAUUCAACAAGGCAAGGUCAUCCAAAUACCAACAGGGUGGAGCAGCAGUUGGCAGAUGUGGGAUACGGAAAUUACUCUGCUCCGCAAACGACGCAUCAGCAGCAAACUCACCGUGUACACACGGCCUAUACGGGACAUCAUCCUCGAGCUGGGACACUUGGGCACCAUCAACACCAACAACAACAUCAGCAACCCUUUCAACAUCAUGGCCAAGGACAGAAUCACAACCAGCCCCAAAAUCCACUUGCGGCGCAGAGUGCAUCAGCUCAUGCUACAGGAGAGCAGCAGCAUUUCCAACAACAAAAUCAUCAUCGACAGCAGAUAAUGCCUGGCCCAUUGCCACCGGGGAUCUCGCACUCAGCCACGGCUUACUCGGCUCAGCCGAAUAACGGGACGCAGCACGGCAUACUACAGCAACAAUGGGUAACGGGUACCAAUCCCGCAGCGAAUCUCAAUUGGCCGAGCUAUGGACAUGGAAGUGGUACUUUGCGUACUUUGCAUCCUUCGCAUCCUUCAUCGCCUAGCCAUGUAUAUUGCUAUCUAGUCAAUGUUGAGCUACCGCAUAGCCAUUCAUGUGCAAGAAAUGCAAGGUCAAGAAACCGAUCCACACCACCGAGCGGAGCAGCCUUUCACUUAGGAAAGCAGACGACAAGAGCGCAGCCGAUCUGGAAAUCAGCCCAUCAUAAUAACCCCGAUCAAUUCCUAGAACUACUUCAGCCAAGGAAUACAAAUCUGAGUAGGAUCACUAACUACGUUUACGACGGUGUUCUACUUCGGACAGCAGCCACUCCCACGCUGGAUCAGGAAAAGGAGCACUCUAUAGCAGAGCCAGACCAAUCUGAUGCCGCUGAUCAUGAUGCACCAAUAAGUCGCUCCGGCGGAUUUUGCACGGAGCAGAUGCGCGCCUACUGCCCAUCAUCGAAUACAUGCAGGAAAGGAGGAAGUCCAACCAACUCUACGAGAGCACCCACGCUCUCGGCGGAUGAAGCCGAUAUAACAGAAUCUGAAGUAGGAAGUAUUCUCAAAGAGCUGGGGAUGGUGGAGGACAAUAUCCAAGGAAACGAUCUUACAUUUAUCCGCGGUGAGGAGCAUCACGCAACAAGAUGGGAAAAGCAGAAAAACAAGCGACGCUCAGGAUGGCGCGCAGUAACAAGAAGAUCUCUGCGCGACAAAGGAAACAGCCCUCUCGUCCACAAGCAUGAUCUGGAACAACAAAAUCUUCUGAAACAAGAACCAAUAAAAAUAGAGCUAUGCACAGGUUCAAGGUUCAGCCCACUUCUCUAUGCCCUGCUGGAAAAUUCGGGCGACUCCGCGAAAAUCCUGAACACAGAAUCCCAGUUAGACCUUGACGACAGCUCAAUACAAACUGGAGACGAUGAAGCAAAAUUCAAAAACUGUGGUGGUGUGGAUCGAUCUUGCGCUCUCUCACUCCCAAAGCAAAUCAUUGUUGACUCACUGGCUCCAUAUCCUACAAAAGACAUCAUCUCCAAAUCUUCGCUCAACAUUGCUUCCAGGUCCACCGCGCGGCCAUUAUCCGCAAUGAGAAGAAAGCAGCUCGUCAGCGGACGAGCCACCAGUCCAUCAAGAGUGGGGUGGAAACAUUCGCAAGCAGAAAAGAGGAGAAGAAAAAAGAGAAGAUUUAAAACAAGAUGUGGCAGGAUUCACAACCACGCGAACCUGAUAAGCAGAAAUAGAAGCUACCAUCGAAGUUUGGCCUUAGUUACAACUUGCCGACUGAGAUUCAAAAAGACGAAAUACAGCAGCACGACGAAGAAAAGGUGGAGAAGAAAAAGAUUUAUAAGAACAACAAGGUGGCCGCCCAAGUUUUAUUCUCUUAUUGGGAUCGGAGCACGCAGAAGCAAAAAAGAAGAAGGAGGUCCAACAGAAGCAGCCGAAAUAGAGGAAGGAAAAGCACCUCGACCAAAAAACGGGUGUGAAGCAGAAGGACCAACUCAAGCAAAGAAGAGCAAAAUACGAGCGAGAAUUGAAGAAAGUGAAAACAAAAGGAAGAAGAAGCCUCCCAUUGGAGCAAGAGUGUCCCCCUCACUCGACUACUACAGGAAGAAACGAAGGAGCUAUGUCGAAAAAAGCGGCACAACACUGCCUCGCAAUCAUGUCAAGCGAAAGGCUAGGAGUAAGAGUAACGAGCGGAAGCAAGCACCGGCGGAGCUUCAGCAGAGCGGAAGAAGCAGUGACCGAAAAAAGAAGAAGAAGACGCUACGAGAAGGAAUCACGGCACAUGAACACAAGCUGAGCAUGAAAGACAGUUGGCUAAAUUUGGAAGGAAAAGCAAGAAAUAAAAAAGGAAGUAGCACUAGAACACGAAAAAAGAACAGCCAGCAUGUUGUUGUCAAAAAGUGCAUCUCUGAACACAUGAACACCAAAAUCACGAUAGCAGAGAUUAAAAACCUACGAAGAACUGAAUCAUCCAUCACACAAGGAAUACGUGGGAAGCAAUUAGCAGGAGGGACGAAAUCGGUAAAGAAGAAGAUCUUUCAACAUAACAGCACAUCACGACCAUGCGCGCGUGCGCGUCGCUCUCGUUGCCUGGAGUUAUCAUCUCAGCGCCAACUUGACCCACGUCACCUCUUAAAAUGCAAAAUGCUGAGAUCAAGUGUGAAUCAGUAUUAUGACGUAAGAUUGAACAAAAACAACGAGCCACCAAACAGAUCAACGCAUUGUAAGAUCGGUCACUCCCACGUCCAGCAGAGCCGGUCUAUCAACACGAAAAAUAAGUCGGUGGGAACAACAGUGGAAGCCGUGACCGCGCCGCAGAACCAGAAAUGGACAAGCCAUGUUAGGGAGAUACGAUCAACACCAACACAGUGUGAAUCUUCAUCCAGCGAAGACGGAGACAGGACGGAGCACCAUCAGCAACAGCAGCACCAAGUCAUCUCAUCCACUUCCACGGAAAGGGUAGCAGUAGGUGAACCAGCCACAGGGCUCAGGAUAGCAACAGUCAACAUGUCAGGUUCAGGCGUGCAGGUGGACAGGCUAGCGUGGGUACUAAGUCUAGCAAAAGAUAGACAAUGGGACCUAGUCGCCUUGUCAGAAUUCGAGUACUCCACAUUCGAGGAGGACAGAGAAUUUACGUUAGCAAACAACAACAGUGGGGCACCGAAUCACGAUCACGGACCGACCACAAUUGAGGAGGACCCGGGCGCUGAUGUGAACGGAGAUGAGCAAGGUCGACUCAUAAAGUACAAGUGGAAGCACUCAGAGGGAUAUUCGCUCUGCUACACAUUUGGAGUAGGGAUCUUGGUGCUGAACUACUCAGUAAGGAUACAGCUUGUCAGUCGCAAAGAGUCGGUGCUGCCACUUGUCAAGGCGCGGAGGAGGAUGAUAGCCAUUUACUUUAGGGACAUAGUUUUUGCGUCGGUAUAUGCUCCACACGACGGCCUUUCUGCGAAAAAUAAGGACUACUUCUACUGCGACCUGGAGAGGAUGAUGCGAGACAUGAAGAAGAGAAGAGGAGACAAGUGGAAAUCCAGAGUCGUAGCAGGGGACUUCAACGCACAGAUCGGAGAUAGAGCUUCUCGCCCCGCGUAUCCUUUCGUGGGGGAAUACGGACUACAGACAACCUCCACGGCUGCAGAAAGGUUGAACACCAUCAUGACUGAAUCGGGAAUGACCCUCGCUAACUCCUAUUUUCAACAUCCUGAAACGAAAGAGAGACGGGCAACCUACGCGCCGGGAGGCAAAGGAAAGACGGAGAUAGACCACAUUUGGGUAAGAGGUGACAUGAUAGGUGGAGUGACGGGAUUGACGAGGCUGAUAAUGCCAAGACCACCAAUAUGCCCGUGGAAGUUUGACCACCGACCAAUUGAGCUAAAGGUGGAACCAAAGACCAGGGCCACACUGCGGCGGGAAGGCGAAAUCAAGCUAAGAUCUAGAUGGGUCUUCUCAAAAGCGCCACCUAUAGAGCAGCUCGAGGGAUACAAUGAGAGAUUCAAGACGAACGUAGCUGGAAGGACGGACUAUCCAGGAGGAGCACAGAACCUACUGGCCCUUGCGCAUGAAUUCUUUGGGUCGGAAUCUGAAGACUUCCUCGUUCCUCUGGACGAAUCACCGCCAGAUGCUGCAGUAGGAGACGCGCCGAUGACUCGCAGGUCCCUGCAGGAGGUAUGGAGCUAUUUCCGGCAACACGAUUCGCAGACUGCCACAGCAAAGGCGAAGAUAACCGGAGAACAAGCGAAGAGGAAAUACCAGCUAGUGGGGAACUCGCCGCUGCAUCCUGGAGAAGAGUAUUUGCCCAUUUUCCCGGAACUGAGGGAGGUUGUCCCGAUGGCGACCGAAGAGCAAUUAAGGGCGUUGAACGCAGAUGUAACCUUGGCUGAGCUGCGCCACAACCUUCGCACGAUGCUACUAGACGGAGCGCGAGAUGCGACUGGGGCGUGUAUGCGGAUGUUGCACUACCUUGAUGACGACAAUCUCUCGGCAAUAGCUGGAGCGAUAAGUGCUGCUGCCAAAGAGACGGGCGGCAUCUCGGCAGGGGCAUUGGGCGAAGGCUUUCACACUUGUCGCGACGUUCCACUAUUCAAGGGCACUGGCCACGAGACGGACCCAGAUGCAUAUCGCUACCUGGUCAUAUCGCCUGUCACGCUGAAACUAAUAGCGCGAGUGUAUGGGUCGCGCCUCUUAGCAUUUGCUGAGGACGCUAAUCUCCUUCCGCCACACCAAUACGGAUUUCGAAGGGGGAAAGGAACCCUGGGAUCACUCACGGUGUAUGCCAAACUGAGGGAGGAUCUCACGCACUACCGAAGGGCUCCGCUGAAGAAGACAACCAUGAGCUUAGUCGACAUGAGGAAGGCGUUCCCAUCACUCGACUGGCGGCUGGUGAAGGAGAUAUUUAGGCUGAUGGGGGUGGUGGAAACGCCAUUUUGGUCAGUCCUAAACUCGGUGCACAGAGAUGCUGUCCACUCCUUUGGUGGAGAGCAGUUUGUUCUUGACAAUGGCACGAAAGAGGGCGAUCCAACGAGCCCCACUGUUUUUGUAAUCAUUUUUGCAAUGGUGAUGCGAGUUUACUCGAAUCGGAUCAACAAGGAACCAAGCAAGGAGGGAGUGUUGGUACUAACUUCAGAAGACACCUGGACCUGGACAAGAGAACAGAAGCUGACGGAGUGGAUCUUCAGAGACGACCGUCCCCAGGGUGGUGCGCCUAGGACACCGCGCCCAAAGCUACAACAAGCACAAAGCGACACGACGGCAGGGGAACCAGUAGUAGUGGAGUUGUCACAGCUCCUCUUUGCAGAUGACACCACACUGUUUGGGUUGGUAUCUGAGGAGCAGAUGAGUGCAAUAGAAGACGACAUGGAAAGUGCCAGGACAAACAACACCAGCCCACAGCCAACUGAACAGGUGCGAGUACUGGAACGGGUACUAGAAGAAGCUGGCAUGGCGGAGAAUCAGAAGAAGAGGAUCCAGGGCGAUGCCGCAACGAUAGCAACACGGAACCUGGGUGUGCAGACUGACCCGGACAGCGACAUCGCAUUAAAAAUACAAAAGGCAUGGAAGUCUUUCCACUCAAUGCGAGCGAAGGUUUGCGGACUAGGCGGCGUUGACAGUGUGCGCAGGGGUAAUCUUGUAGUGGCGACUUCCCGUUUCGUGUUGGCAUAUGGCACACAGACAAAAUCAGUGUCAGUAAAGCACUGUAGGCGGAUGGAGGAGGCCGAGCUGUCGAUGCUAGCUGCCAUGAUGGGCAUACCAGUAUGGAGGCGGAAGAAGGAGGAUGUCUCGGAUGCAGCACUACUGAGGUGGACUCGAACUCCUCCGCUGCGCGCCUUCGUUGCAUUUCACCAAGCAAAGCAUGUCGGACACGUGAUGCGAACCAAAGAACUAUCCCUAGAAAGGGCAAUGCUCCAGGGUUUAGCCAUACCCCCGAGGGAAAGGGAGGAGGAGGAAAGGGAUUGCUUCUUGGCCACAACCAGGAAGGAUAUGGCACUGCCACCGGAAGACCGUGAUCCGCCCUCGCUGCUGGGUGACUACCUCAACCACAUGCGAAAAGAAGUAGGUGUAGAGGACAGCCUAUCGGUGGGACUUCUACGUCCCCCGCCGACGGAGCAAUCCCCUCUCAUAUCCCUCGAAGUGAAGCAGAGCAUGACCAAGAAGCAAAAACUAGACCAAGAGGACUACGAAGCACGGAGGGCAUACUACCACGACAUCAUCAAGCACGCGUAUAUCAGACAAACAGUCGAACGUUGGCAAAGAGGAGGAGGAGAUGCCCCUUCCCUCUACGCGGAGAUGGAGGCCAAAGCGUGGGGACGAACAGCGCAGCACUUAAUGGAAAUAAACCACAUGAUUGAAGAAGUUGCUCAGGUCAAACUAGGAGAGGAACAAGCCGCGCUUCGCGUAAUCGCACCGAUAUCCAGUGACGUAUGGAUAAAAGGGGCUGCAGGUGGGCCCACGGCACUCGUUGGAGCUGCAGGUGCUGAGAUAGACCCACACCAGAUAGGAGCCUCCGAAGUAGUAGCCAUAGGGGUAUGCGGAAACUAUCACUCGACCACUCCAAAGAGGGUAGAGCUCCUGUUUGACUCCGCAGCAUGGAUUUUCUUAGUUAUUUUGGAUGAGCCUCCUACGGGAGGAACGCUUUCCCCAGAAUCGUCGACCGGUUUAAGAUGGAGGCGAGAUGAUUCUGUAGAAGUAACAAUGCCGAUGGGAUUUCCAAAACCUGUAGUAUACAGAGCUCUUGCAUUGGCCUCUAGGUCGGCAGUCAGCCUCUCCAUGUGUCCCCAGCGUACAUUCGUGCUGCUGUCACCGGUAGGCUAUGGGGAGAUCGAUGCAAGAACGGUGUCCUCAUGGAGAACACCCUUAGGCCCCAGCUGCUGCUUGAAGUGCGAAGAACUACGAAGAAACGAGCAGGACGCACGCCCAUGCAAACAGCCCGGCUGUGAGGAAAAGGUCGCGCAAAGAAUACGUGGAUGGAGAGUAAACAUCCCUGAACCUCCACAAGUCAGUAAAGGGAUUGCUGGAGCAAUGCAAAUCCAAGCUGAACUUAGGAUGAAGGAGCGCAAGGUCCUGAGUGUGCGGAAGGAAGUAACCAAAGAAGGCGCGCUCUUUAGGCUGCUGCGAUCGGUAGGACCCAAGCGAGCUGGAGCACGAAAGAGGCCAGAAAGAUACAAGUGCCUCCCGUGUAAAAAAACGUACGUAACCUCCCUAGGCUCCAUGCGAGCGCAUGCGUCCGCCCAUCGCAGAGGAGAAAUCGUGAAAAUAUCGAGAAUUAAAAGAAGACUCAACCAGCAGCAACAGCUUGGAGCGGUUAGGAACGAAUACAGACCUGAACAGCACCGAUUCGAUAGUAGAGCGGGGCGCUAUUCAGCUGGUCCAGGCGCAGUACUCUGCGAAAUUGCAAUUCCUGAAGAGCUCUGGAGCGAUGCAAAAAGGGAGAGUGUGAAGUGUCAAAAGUGUCAAAAAUGGCAGAUCGAGCUAUGUCAAAAAAGAAUGACCCUCAGACAACAAGCAAAGCGAGCCGACUACCAUAGAUCUCAUCUUCUGAAAUGCAAAGGGCGGAAAUAGUGACGGCAUCAAUCAAGGAAAAGGAAAAGGGGAAAAAAGAUGGAGACGACGGAGGAAAAAGAAAGUUCAAUGCAACAAACUAAUUAAAGUGUCGUACAUACCCCACGAUUGGGUACACUACUACUACUAUACCCCACGAGUGGGUACAUCUAUCUAUCUAUCUAUCUAUAGAUAUUUAUUUGGACUACUUGAUUCUUUUGGUUUUUUGUUUCCUAGUUAGGUGUGCUCCACCGAUAUCAUUAUUAUCCCCUCCUUGUCCUGGUCCUUCGUCAGAGAGCAUAGUGCACACGAUUCGGAUGACUCCGAGCCGUGUGCUGAGUAUUCUAAGCUAGUCACCGGGAUGGUUAGAGUGGAAAAUUGCAAGACCUAGGGGUCUAGGCAGUUGGUUCUUAUUUGUCUAAGUAAGAGAACUUUAAUCGUCUGGCGGAGGAUAUUGGGCUAGCGGGUCUAGGGUAAGAACGAAGAAGUCUGAAACGUGUCCGGUGGACACGAAGACCUUUGAAACAUGUUCUAGAAGGAGUUUCAAGUUUC